GGCCCAUCAGACAGAGCUGGAUCCAAAGACAGCUGCAGGACUCGGAAACUGCGGGAAGAGGAUCGAAGCAGACGAACCGCGAAUCAUUCGCAGCUGCAGAACUGUGAGUGAGACGUCGUCAUAAUGGGGUCGAGCUGUACGAAGGGUCAGUGGAACGGAGAGUAUGAACGGCCCAAAAGACCAAAACAUGGACGGAGGACGGAGAAAGAAAGAGAGGAAAUGAAAAAGGAAGAAGAAGACUUUGUGUUUCCUUUCACUUAUGAUUUGUGUGAUUUGAACGAUUUGAAUGAAAUGCUGAACUCAGAUGAGAGCUGGGAUUUUGCGCACGUCUGUGAACGUGCUGCUAAAUUGGAAAAAAUAGCCAAAAAACUACGCAAAACUAAACCUGAACCACCGGCUGCCGCCACCCCUCCACCCAGGAUCACAUAUGAAACCCAACAACCAAAAACUGAGACAUUGAAUUCAGUUGUUCAGAAAAUAGCUGCUCACACGUGCACGGCGUUCGUCCCUCAGCUUGCUGCUGCGUUGCAGAUCGGGAGCUCAGAGAAACAGAUGAUCAUGAAUUAUUUUACCGAUCAAGUCGGGAAACAAGUCACCGCUCUUAUACAGCUGUGGUUGGACACACAAAAUCCACCCAGCGUGGAGAAAUUACUGGCACAGCUAAAAUGCGGUGGACUAAAUUAUGACUGGCUCCUUCGUGAGGAGGAAAGGCCCAGACCUGGUCCGUGUCCUCCGCUGCCUGCACAAGGCUCUGAUGCACCUGUGGAGUCAGUCGUUAAUCCACAACAUAGAGCAGAAGAGAAACCGGAGAGGGGAAAAGAAAAGGAGGAGGAAAAACCAAGGUCUGUCGUAGAAAAGCCAGUUUGCCAGGUAGAAAAGGAGAGACGUGUGGAGCCUGUGUGGACCCCCGCAGAGCUCCUGAACCUGGUACAAAGUGCCCCCAACCCCAUCAUAAAACCCAGAGAUUUCCACGCCUGGCUGUGUAACGUUUGCAGCGCGUACGAUCUGCGUCCCGCUGACGUCCACAAGCUGCUGGAGUUCGUUUACAACCGUGAGUGGAAAAAUGUUCAUCAGAACUUUAACAUCCCUGGAGCAGACGGUAACACCGACUGGCAAGCCGCUGAUGCGAUGACGACGUGGCUCGACAACACCUGUUGGGACUCUAUUAGUAGAUGCGUGUGGCAAAAAGCCAAUUUUUCUGCCGUACAGUGCUGCCAUCAGAAAAAACAAGAACCGGUGACAGAUUUCCUCGAGCGUUUCCAGCAGGUGUGGGAGUCCACUCUGGGCGUUGAUAUUGACAGCAUUCCUCCAACAAUGACGAUAAACCUCUUACAACCUCACGUAAAGGCUGUUUUCGAAGAACACUGUAUUCUGUGGUCGACAUUUAAUUUUACAAAGGCCAAACAUUGGUUAUUAAGCAUGGAGAGUCUCGGAGGGUUCGAGCCAAAGAGCAAAGGUCAACGCCUGGCAGGGCAGCUAGGGGAUUCGGGACCAGAGCGGCUGCAGCUGGAAGCGCCGCCUCAGUUCAGGCAGCCGCGCAGAGAUAAAAGAAACGAUCAGUGCUUUUACUGCGGCAGGUUCGGACACUGGGCCAGAGAGUGUCGAGCUAAACGUCAACAAUACUCUCGAGCACAUCCGGACGCUUGGACAUGGACGCACACGUAUACAGAGGCUAAAACCGCCACCGCUGUGCCCUUCCAGAUUGGUUAUUAUUAAAUCGCUGAAUCGAGUAUUAAAAAUGUACCCUUUGUAAUUAGCAUUUGAUUUAUAUUACAACCUUUGUUGAUUGUCGUCUUUAAAUGUAUCUAAAUUUAAAUUUAAUUAACAAUGAGAUUGAAGAGAAAUUAUACUAAAUAUAUUUAGCAAAAUACUGCGAAAAAAUUAUUAUUAUUAGGGAUGCACGAUAAUUAUCAGGACAGAUCAUUUCUAAAUUGGGAUUAUUAAAUCAUAGACAAUAAAUUAUCUGUUCAUAUUAAUAAAAAUGUAUUUUUAACUCUUAAUAAUCUAACUCUUGCGUAAUGGCUUGACCCCUAAAUAACAUUUAGUUGUAAUACCGAUUUGAACCUGCACAUAUUUGGAUUGCGAUUUAUCUUUAUGUUGUGACAAAUGUAUUAAUUCAACAGUAUCAUUGACCACAAUAAGCUGCUGAGAGCUUAUCACAUACUACAAACCGGUCUCACCCCCAACUUGCCAAAUACUGCCUGUAGGUCAGUUGUCAUCUGCUUCAAAAUAUGACUGUUGUUAUCCUUCUGUUAGAGAUUAGUUAUUUUAAUACACAUAGAUGUGAAAGCAUAUAUUUUAUACACUUAGAUGUGAAAGCCUAUAUUUUAUACACAUAGAUGUGAAAGCCUGCAUUUCUUUAAAGCUAGUACACAAAGAGAACACAGAGACACAGUCUCAUCUCGGCCUGAGCUACUCUAGCUGCAGACACCUGGCCGGGGGAGGGAGAGUGGUUAUCUCCAAGGUCAGAAGCACCCAGCGCUGACCAUAGCUCUAGUUUCACAAAUGAUAUCAAUAUGAAGAGAGGAGCCAGGGUGGAAUAAUUAAUUUUUAUUUAGGGCGCUGUCUCUCGGAAAUU